AUUUUUGGUGCAGAGGUGCCAGUUAGACCCUGCAGCAGUCAGUGUGAAUAGACCUCCAGAGAGCAGAAUAAUUAUUUUUUCUUAUUUUCUAGUGGAAAAAGAAUUGCUUCCAAGUGUACCAUGGCGUGGUGGAAGGGCUGGCGUGAUGAAGAUGGCAGCUCAGUGAGAGGCACCCUGAGCUUUGACCCCACACCUGAUGCCCAAGUUUUGUAUAAAGCCAUGAAAGGACUGGGGACUGACGAACAGGCUAUAAUCGAUGUCCUCACCAAAAGGAGUAAUGCACAGCGUCAACAGAUUGCCAGAUCAUUCAAGGAACAGUUCGGAAAGGAUCUUAUUGCCAGCUUGAAGUCUGAACUGAGUGGCAAGUUUGAGAGGCUCAUCAUAGCCCUUAUGUACCCACCUUUCAAAUACGAUGCCAAGGAAUUACAUGAUGCCCUGAAGGGUCUAGGAACAAGUGAAGGUGUCAUUAUAGAGAUCCUGGCAUCACGGACAAAAGUGCAAAUUAAAGAAAUAAUCAAAGCUUACAAAGAAGAAUAUGGUUCUAACCUGGAAGAGGACAUCAAAUCGGACACAAGUGGCUACUUCGAGCAGAUAUUGGUUUGCCUCCUUCAGGGUGAGAGGGAUGAUCCAAGAUGCUAUGUGGAUUCAGCGAUGGUGCUUCAGGACGCACAGGCUCUUUACGCUGCUGGGGAGAAGAUACGGGGCACUGACGAGAUCCAAUUCAUCACCAUCCUGUGCACCAGGAGUGCCACCCACUUGCUGAGAGUCUUUGAUGAAUACCAGAAGCUUGCCAGUAAAAGCCUAGAAGACAGCAUCCAGAGUGAAACCCACGGCUCGCUAGAAGACGCCAUGCUGGCUAUUGUGAAAUGCACGAGGAACAUCCACAGUUACUUUGCAGAGCGGCUGUACCAUGCCUUGAAGGGGGCAGGCACUUGUGAUGGGACCCUCAUAAGGGUCAUCGUUUCCAGGAGUGAAAUUGACUUAAAUCUCAUCAAGGCUGAGUUCCUAAAGAUCGCAGGCAAAUCCCUCUCCACCAUGAUUCUGGAGGACACAAGUGGUGAUUACAAGACAGCCUUGCUGAAUCUCUGUGGCAGUGAUAAAUGAAGAAAUCUGAAGGGAAAAGGCAAGAUGUUGAAAUGGAGGCAUGGAAAACGUUGGCAAUGAAUAAGUGUCUGGGAAUGGAUGUCUAGAAAAUACCUAGCACUGAAUAAAUAGAAAAUGGAAAAUUUGCUUAGAGGCUAAGAUUUUUAAAGGCAUCUAUGUGAUCUGGGUACCCAAUAAAGAGCUGGUCAGGAAUUUUUCAACAAAAUGUUUUUUCCCAGGAAAAUGCCAAUUUAUGAAAAUUGAAACUGUUCACAAAACAGUGUCCAUUUCAACUCAAUUAUUUUUUAAUUUCAAAGUUAUCAAAACAUCCCAUUUUGACACUUUCAAAACAAAAGUUCUGGUGUUUUGACUUGAAAUUGCUUUUUUUGUUUUGAAAUUGGGGUAAAUUUAUACUAAAAACAGGUUUAAAAUCAAAAUGAAACAUCUUGGAAGGCUGCAAUUGACCUGAACCAUUUCCCCCCACUUUGUCGCUUCAUGAACAUUUUUGAGAUUUCAACUUUGUUCUCAUUUGGGAUGGGAAAAUUUUCAAAUUCUCAAAUACUCACAAGUCGGGAGCCCCAUUUUCUGCCCAGCUCAAGCCCUAUAUCCAUAAAAACCAAUGUUCCCUAGGCACCUUUAGAGAUCUUACCAUUAGUGUUCUAAUGCUUUAGCUUCCCUUCUCUUCUACUGGGAGCCCUUCACUCCCCUGGACUUCAAGUGGGUAUGUGGAUGCUCAGGCCAUGAUCAUGCAUGCUGCCAAACAUGCAGUAAUCCCACUGGCUUCGAUAGGACAGGAUCGGGCAUAAUCCACCCAUUAGCUCUUGCAGGAUUGGACUCAGAGUGAAUCCCAAACCUGAAAGGGGGCAUCAGAGAUUGGCUUUGAGAAUUCAACCCUAGGGGGCUGGGUCUCACAGCCUUUAUUUGCAGGAGGAGGCUCUAAGAUUUCAGCGGGACGGCUCCCAGGAAUAAGGGGUGCAGGAGCGGGUGGGUGCUGAAUGCAUAGUUACAAAACCAGUGGAGUUGAUUCCCCUUUUCCUGACACCAGUGGAAGCCGGGAUAACUCAGCUGAAGACAAUGGAGUUACAGCAAACUAGUGUGAGAUGAGAAUUGGGCCCAAUAUGUUGUUUUCUGUGAACACACAUGUUUAGCCACAUUCUGGGCUUAGUGAGCCUCAUUCUGCUCCCAGGUACAGAAUCACUCCAUUUAUCUCAGUGACGUUUUUCUGCCUUUACUCUGCUGUGACUGAGAGCACAAAAUCUGGCUCAGGAGCCAGACAGUGGCACAGGGAGAACAAGAUCAAAUGUUCCUGCAAACUCUGUUCUCCUCUGACCAGCAGUUCACCCCGGGGCUCCUUCCUUGUUCCGAGCAGGCAAAUUAAUGUGUAAUUACCAAAAGCCAUUUGUGACGAACUGGGCCUGUUCUUGCUGGGGUGUGUGAAUGCUGACAGGGAAGUGUGACUAGGAUGGUCUGCAUCGGGGGAUGGGAGUCUGCCCCAGGGAACAUACCUGAGCUUGUAACAUGAGAACCCAGGAAGGGGUUAAAGGCCAGGUGACUCCGGGGGCCCGGAAAACUGAACAAAGGCUGUGGGAGGGGUCACUAAAAGCAGAGUGCUGGAAGCAGGCUGGAGAGAUGGCUGGAAGGCAGAGAUGGCUCUGACCCCCCAAAGGGGGGUGGGCUGGCAUGCCCUGGGACCCCAAGCUGAACCUAACUGAGGGGGGCCCUGUUGUCUGUGCCUGCAAAACCUGUCUUGGACUGUAUUCCUGUCAUCCAAAUAAACCUUCUGCUUUACUGGC